AUGACUAAGGAGUUCAAGAUGAGCAUGGUGGGAGAAUUGAAGUACUUUCUUGGACUUCAAGUGAAUCAGACUGAGAAAGGAAUCUUUAUUUCUCAAAGCACCUAUGCCAAGAAUCUACUGGUGAAGUUUGGUCUUGACAAAUGCAAGGAGGCAAGAACACCAAUGAGCACCACGACAAAGAUUGGAAAGGAUGAACAAGGAGAAGACGUUGAUGUGAAGCUCUACAGAGGAAUGAUUGGAAGCUUGCUUUACCUUACAGCAAGUCGACCUGACUUAAGCUUCAGCGUUGGAGUGUUGUGCUCGUAUCAGGCCAAACCAAAACAGUCCCAUCUUCAAGCGGUGAAGAAGAUCUUGAGGUAUGUCAAGGGAACUGUCAAUCUGGGGAUCUUUUACUCCAAAGGAUCCAACAGAAAUCUUGCUGGAUAUUGUGACGCCGAUUGGGCAGGAUGCGCAGAUGAUCGGAAAAGCACAAGUGGAGGUUGUUUCUUCCUUGGGAACAAUCUUAUUGCUUGGCUUAGCAAGAAGCAGAAUUCUGUGUCACUAUCUACUGCAGAGGCUGAGUACAUUGCAUUGGGAAGCUGCUGCACACAGCUUAUAUGGAUGAGACAGAUGUCAGCCGAUUAUGGAUGGAGUCUGGACCCUUCUUGGUCUACUGUGACAACAAAAGCGCCAUCGACAUAUCAAAGAAUCCGGUGCAGCACUCAAGGACUAAGCACAUUGACAUAA